CGAAGCGCCGGCCCCUCCCGGCCCCGGGAGGGAAACCUCCGCGCCCCAGCCCCGUCGACCCUUCCCUCCCGGGGACGGCCCCUGGAAGGCCUCUGCUCUGCUCUGAUCUGUUUUCAUGUUUCCAAACGUCCGUGUCCUGACGGCCUGCGUGCCUUGCAGACGCCGAACUACAGGCGGGGCAUCUCUUCCUGGCUGGCCCGGUGGUUCCCCAGAUCCCCAGCUAAGUCUGUGGUGGCCCUAAAAACACCCAUCAAAGUGGAACUGGUGGCUGGAAAAACCUACAGGUGGUGUGUAUGUGGCCGAAGCAAGAAGCAGCCCUUCUGUGACGGCUCACACUUCUUCCAACGCACGGGCCUAUCUCCACUCAAGUUCAAGGCCCAGGAGACCCGCACAGUGGCCCUCUGUACUUGCAAGGCCACCCAGAAGCCCCCCUACUGCGAUGGCACCCACAGGAGUGAGCGGGUGCAGAAGGCAGAAGUGGGCUCUCCGCUCUGAGAAGGCGGCUGCUGCCCAGCCUAGGGGCCUUAGCACCCCUUUUGUGGGGAAGGAAAUGGAAUGCUGAGCCCAAGAAAGGGCCAUCGAGGGACCCAGUACCCACAGCUGACCUGUCGAGAACUUGUCCUCUGUCACCCAGGUUCUCUGACUGGGCCUGAGUGCACAGAGCCCGGUUUAAGGCUGGCUGUUGUGACGCAUUAAAUAAGCUUCGCCCCAUG